GCAUUGGGAUGGGAUGUAUGUGAAUUGGUUAUGUGUUUUUUUUUUAUCAAUUAACUUCAAUUGUGAUGGAGUGCUUUGACUGAAUUAAGUCGACUGAAUGUGUCUUUCGUAAAAUUGUGUAUAUCACAGCAAAUAAUAUUAUUUUUAGUUUAGCAGGUGAACCUUUCAACCAUGCAAUCAUUUUGUAUGCUUGUAUUUGAAAAACUGCAGAUCUAAUGUAUACUAUAUCUUGAUAUGUUGCAAGAUUCUGUAUAAACAGCUUUCAAUAUGAGAGCCUUGUGUUUGUUGGUUUGUUUGCUACUGAUAGCCAAAACAAAAUCACUUCAUUCAGUCGAUGAUUUUCAGUUUGAAGUUGGGGAUGAUUUACAGGUGAAUUUUAUGCAACUCCCUACUAGUACACUUCAGUACUCAAUUCCACAUAUCACUGCCUAUGCAGGAAAAUUUAUAGCCUUAGCAAUAUCAAAGGAUGUAUUAACAGAUAAAUCUUCUAUGUUUGAAAUCAAUGGUGUACCUGAAUGGUUGCUCUUUGAUAGCACAACAGGAAUAUUCCAAGGAGUUCCCAGUGAAUCAGACAUUGAAAACUUGAAUAUUACGCUAAUAACUCAUUCAAAUUCUGAGGAAAUUAUUAAGACCACAUUUAGUAUUGAGGUGUGCAGUGCAAGCAAUCACCAUGGAAAUUCAUAUAAAACAAAAUCCUGUUCAGAUUAUAAAAAGAAUACAAUUUUAUAUUUUAUUGUGGAUGGAAAGUUAGAAGACAUUAUACCUAGUGAUAGAGUGAAAUUAAUAACUAAACUCUCGGAUUAUUUUAAUAUACCACGUAGUGUUCUUACCAUGAAAAAUAUAUCACCAGUGGAAAUAGAACAGGUUUCUCAAAAGGCCAUCAAAUACGGUUAUGGAAAUACCAAACCAACACAAAGCUCCGUAUCUAGUAUUCAAAUUGAACUGGGCUGUAGCGGAAAUGCAUUAAUGAUGAAAUAUGAUUCAAUCGUGAGUCAACUAAAAAAUAUAUCUAAUAUUCAAGUGCCACUUAUAAAGUGGAUGAUUGUUACUUCAUUUCCAGAAAAAACAUCAAUAAAACGUUCUCGGCGAGAUUUGGAGGGAUCAGCGGAUGAUGAAUAUUAUGAUGCAGAAUAUGACGAGGAUGACAUUGAUGGUGAUGGAGUGGAAGAGGAUGUCACUGCAAAAUUUGCCAAUGCUGUUGAUUUAACAACUGCUAGAAGUGUUAAUUCAGUAACACCUGCUGACGAUAUUGAUGAUUUUGUUGGAGGAGGAGAGCCUUUAGCAACACAAGAUACUCUGACAUUGAAUGUUAGCAAUUUCAACAAAAGCAUACUAUCAAGCAAUAAAAUAGAUCUUAGUACUAAGAGCAAUGAAGAUUAUAAUGAUUAUAAUGAAGAGGGAAGUGAAGAUAAUGAAACUGUCGAAGCAACAAAUAUAGUUCCUAUAGUGGCAGUUAUUGAUACAAAUACACCAACUAGCACAGUUCAACAGAGUGCAGUACAUACUCCAACAACUGAUGAUACAGAAUUACAUAAUAUCUCCAUGACACCUGUUACAAGUAGUAACUUGCAACCUGUAUUUACUUCUGGAAUUGAUAUGGGUAUAUCCUUUGAAAAUGUAUCAAAUGCUGCUGAAAAUACCACAUCACAUUUAACAACACAGCCAGACAUCUAUGGAACCACAUUAGAUCACCAAGAAAACCUUAGUAACACUACUGUUUUUCCAUCAGUUACUAAUCAUGUUUCUUUUGCUGUACCAAAUCAAGGUCAAGAAAUAAAAGAUAAUGCACCUAUUAUUCAACACAGGCUUCAAAAAUUACCCGUCACUGCUGGAAAGGCUUUCAGUUUUGAUAUACCAGAAAAUACCUUUCAUGAUGCAGAGGACGGCUAUAAUCUGAGACUAUCUAUGCAUGAUAUGACUGGUGCUCCUUUACAAUACAGUUCUUGGGUUCAAUUUGAUCCAGCUAACAGAAGAGUUUAUGGAUUACCACUUGAGGAAGAUAUAUCGAGAUAUCAAUACAUAAUAACGGCAAGUGAUCAGCAGAAUGCCUCUGUUUCCGAUAUUUUAGAGAUAACAGUGCAGCAACAUAAAGGUAGAAGAACCGUUAAUCACGAGAUAACAUUAGCAGUUCAGUCAGAAAAAAGAUUGAAGAAAAAUACUGAAGUAGAUUUACGAUUCAGAGUAUUACAAGGAUUGGCUGAAGUAUUUGGUGAUCCUGAUUUUUCACAAAUUAUAGUCACCCAUGUUCAAACGGUAGUGCAGCCAUUACAGAUUACGUGGACUAAUGAUUCAUUACCACGGAACAGGUGCCCCAGGGAAGAAAUUGAAAAUUUAUUAAAGAAAGUACGUCAAUCAGUGGACAGCACUGAGCCAACAAUCGAUCUAGUGCGUGCCAUGGCCCCUGAAUUACGUGUGAAAUCAGUGCUGGGUGGCGGAGUGGGUGCGUGUUCUUCACCUGAUAUUCCACCACCUCCGAAGACUCCAGUACAAAACUUUGCACCCAUGCCCCGGAAUCAAGUAGAUCAUCUCAAUGCAACUGUAGGACAAUUACUUGUUUACAAAGUUCCUGAGGAUUCAUUCUAUGAUCCAGAGGAUGGUAAUGGUCGCUCAUUAAAAAUGUAUUUGUUAAAUAUUGAUAGAGCUCCAUUAGCACCAAAUCAUUGGCUGCAAUUUGAUACAAAAAAUCAAGAAUUCUAUGGAAUUCCUACAUCAUCUGAUAUUGGUCAUCGGCAAUAUCUUUUGGUAUGUGAAGAUCGUGGAGGAUUAACUGCAACUGACGGACUGGUUGUGGCUGUACACCCAGCAUCAAAGAAAGAUUUUAUGGUUGAAUUCCAAAUUACUCUUGAUAUUGCCUAUGAUCACUUUAUCAAUAAUGCCAAUAUGCAGCGAAAAUUUGUUGAUAAAAUAACAGAACUAUUUAAUGAUCAUGACUCCAGAUACAUCAAAAUAGAUAGUAUACGACAAGGAUCAACUAUUGUAGCGUGGAGAAACACAAGUCUGACUGGUACAAAAUGUUUGCAGAAUCGAAUUGAUGAGUUGAAAUCAGUGUUACUGAGAGAGGAUGAUUCAUUAUCCCACUAUGUGGUAAAAACAAUGGGUAGUGAUUUUCCUGUUAUAUCUGCUAAAAUGACACCUACGGGUGUGUGUAGAGGGGAGUUUUUGAAUAUUCAUUCACCUGACACAUCUGUUGAUAUUGAUUCAACAAUUACUCUUAACCAAGAUCAUGAUGAUUAUCUUAUCACUUUUGUUAUACCUGCAAUUAUAAUCAUUGGCAUGAUAAUUUUGGCUAGUCUUAUUGCUUGUUUGUUGUACAAAAAACGACGAACAGGUAAAAUGGAACUCGGUGAUGAAGAAGAAAGACAAAGUUUUAGAAAUAAAGGAAUACCAGUGAUAUUUCAAGACGAGUUGGAAGAGAAGCCAGAUCCUAGUAACAAGUCACCUUUGAUCUUGAAAGAUGAAAAGCCACCUCUGCAUCCACCACCAGAAUAUAAGGGAUUAGAUUCUCCUCAGCAUGCAGACAGUGAUGAUAACGGACCUUAUCAACCACCUCCACCAUUUACUAGUUCUAGAAGUUCGGAAUCCAAUCGAAACAAUCGUCCAAAGCCAACCCCAACAUACAGGAAACCACCACCGUAUGUUCCACCUUAGUACGCAUGAUUCAUAUUCUUAUGGUCCUAACCCCACGAAUUCUUUCUCAUAUUAUAUGUCGAUGAGUUACAUUUCUACUGUAGUAACACACAUUUGAUGUUCAAAUUAAGCAUUUUAUCAAAAAAACUUUAUAUCUUUCGAGAGAAAAAGGUUGUCAUUGACAGGCUCUUCUUAAUUAAUAUUCUACCACAUAUCUUUUACUUAUGUAUAUAAGUUUAAUAUAUUAUUGUUUAUUAUGACAUUAUUAUGAAUAUGGAAUUACUCUGAUUCAUAUUAUUCAUAUGAUCAUAAUCAACAUUUUAUUUGAAAAUUACUAUAUAGAAAUUUAACUCAUAACAACAUAUAAGCUUUUGAGAUAAGACUCAACUCUUUGUACUCCUAAGGCCAUUUUUUAUACACUAUUUUUUAAUGUUAGUUCUCAUAUCCCCAUAUUCUGGUCUUUAUCUAAUCAUAGUAACAAUAAUUUUUAUAAUGAACUUAUUUCAUUUAUAUAAUUCAUCUUAUAUUAUAUUUUAAUCGCGUAUGUGUAGUUAUUAUGCUUAAUUAUUUUAAUUUUGUAGUAUGCGAGUGCAGCUAAUAGUUAUAUAGACUUAUGUUUGUACUUACUGGCAUAUAAAAGAUGCCAGCAUAUAGCAGUAAAUAAGCUGGACAGAUGUAUUGGAUACGUUAAUAAGCAGUCUGUACUUAGCACUGAAAAUCUAAUAUGCAAACGAUCUAAAAUCUUGCAGUUUAUUGUUGACAGACCAAUGAUAAUUGUUUUACGUAGAUGUAUAAAUGUGUCUAAGACACAAGAUCACGAUUUUCAAGUUUUGUACUUUGAAGACAAAUUAUAUAUAAUAUUAAUAUAAUAAAUAAUAAUACAAAAAAGAGUGAUGCUCUUUAACCAGAGCUAAUCAAUAAUGUCAGUGAAGCCAAUCCUAGAGUUUUUUAACCAACCCUUAUUAUUUUUGACCAAUGCAAUAACUACAAUUAUUUCACUAACUUAUUGUGUUAUUGAUGAUGAGUGUAAGGGAAUAAAUCUGAUAGUUUAUAAAUCUCUGGGAGAUACUGAAGGAUUUGUUUUUCUAUUAAGCUGGCAUGGGCAGAUUAUUCUUGAAAAUGAUUGUUUUUAUGCAUAUCUCACGCAUUAUACAGGUAAAAACAAUAAUGUAAUUUGUAUUCUAUACAAUUUGUGAAUAACAUUGAUAUUUAGGAUCAUUUUCAUUUAUUUAAUCAUUUCAUAAU